CUGGGUGCUUUGCCAGUGGAAUGAGCAGGGCAGGGAAUGCAUCCUGCACCUCUACGCUUCCCCCUCCCUGCCCCAGACAUGGGAGAGCCCUCCAAGCCCAGCUCCUCCAGAGCCUUCAACCUGCCCCAGAAAGGGCCAGACCCCUUGAGGGGCCUCAAGCCCCACUAUGGUCUCCCUAUGGUCCCCAUGGCUCCCCCCUGCCUCCCCAUCCCCACCACCCCCAGGAAGAGGCCUCACUCAAGGCUAAUUAGUCCCAUUUUCAGGACAAUUUUCUUACAGUGGGAGGAAAGAAAUAGCCUGCCUCCCUCCCCACAUGGCUGGUGGGGAUGAUCCAGGUCAAUUACUUUCAUUAUCUCCCCCCCACACACACACCACCACCCGCUGCUUCCCUUCUAUAAAACCAGAGUCCUGCACUCCCUAGUUCUGACAUGUGCCUGGUGGGGACAGAGCAAGGUGAGACUCCUGAGCUGAGCCAUAUGAAUCCACGGGCCACACUCUGCCUGUCCCUGGCUUUGUGCUGGCUGCUGGCUGAGAGCUUUGGAAUGGCUCUGAUGCCAAAAGACAAACGUGGAUGGACCCUGAACAGCGCCGGGUACCUGCUGGGCCCCCAUGCUCAUCACACUCUGAUUGAGAAGGGGGCCCUGGCUGGGAAGCGAGAGGCUGUGGAGGACAUUGACCUCCUGGGGUCAGAGCACUUUGGUGACCCCGUGCACCCCAUGGAUGAGAGUGCCAUCCAUACCCUGCUGGACUCCCUCCCCUACCUGCACCUCCAAGAGCUGGGAGCUCUCGAGCGCUUGGCCUUUCCUAACGGUGCCAUCCAGCCCUGACCCCUCAGGCCCCGUGCCCAGAACCCUGCCUGCACCUCUUCCUGACACAGGCACCAGCAGGCACACUCACUCUCACUGGUACCCCCACCCAUGUUUGCACUUCCACUAGUGCUGGCCACCCUGAACACAGCUGCCCCACUAGCUUGCUUGUGUGUCUUGCACAAGUGCCCACUCCCACUCACACUUCUUUGCAUGGGGGCCUCUCCCGCUUACUCACUCUCACACUAAUCCUUACUCACACUCUGUAGUCCCCACAUGCUUCCUCUUCUCUGCACUAAUACAGCCCUCAGCCCCACUUGCUCACACAUGCCUGCUCUGACCCUGCCCACCCCCCCCCCCCAGCACACUUGUGCAUAGACCUGCACAAUGACCCUCCCAUGCCCACUGUGGCAUGUGGGGCUAUGUGCUGCAGCACUGACACUCUGCAGAUGCCUGCCCUACCCUGCCCUCCCCCUUCCUGCAGUACUACAGCCCCUAGCUCCCUUGUUCACAUUCACAUGUGCCCCAUUGACAUGUGAACUCAUGAUCACCCUUGGAUUCCACCAGCUCCAUGCACAUCAACACACGUGCUAACAGAUGUGCUCAUACAAGCACUGGUGUUCACACUAUCCCUCGCACUCAGGGGUCCUUCCCUAAAACUGCCCGGUGAGGCACUCCCAUCACAUAUCUCUUCACCUCCCACUCCAGCCUCAGAGCUGGUCCAGGGCAAAGGACCCCCAGCCCCUCUGCCCUGCUGGGAGCAGAGUGGGGCCUGGUGGGUUAAUGCAGGGGGCUGCUGGGAGUCUGGACUCCUGGGCUCUCCUCAGUCUCAUCAUCACCCACUUCCCCUGCCUGGCAUGGAGGCUGCCAUCCCUUCUCCAUCUUAUUGCCUCAGUUUCCCUUCCUGGGGAGAGACCCCAACCUCCCCCACAAACACUUCCUUCAGGGUUCUUUCUCUGCUGGGGCGUGAGGCAACCUCCCUCUUCCCACAUUCUCCCUCUAUGCCACAGACACCCCACAGAGACUCCCCACCUGCCCUUAGCCAUAUGGGGCCAUGGAUGCAUGGUGCCAGAUUCCCACUCCUGCCACAAUGCUUUUAACCCCUUGUUCUCCAAAUGGAGUCAGUCCUUCUUCUGGGCUGGGGCUACAGCUAUGACCAGGGUGCGCCCAGCUGCCGGGACAGGGACCAUGGGGCACAGACACCCUCCCCCACACCUAAUUUCAGCCCCUGGCACAUUGGACAAAGGGAACGAGACAUGGCCUCCGGAGAACAAGUGCAGGGAGUGAGAGUGAAUAAACCCUUUUCUUCAGA